CUAACUGCGACACAUUAACCGGCCCUGAGCGCUGAUUUGUCGGCUGCAGAAUCAGGUUGUUCCCGUCGGGCCAGUUGCAGAGGGCAUGGUGCAGGUGAAAGGAAAAGAGAGGGAGGAACCGAUCACACGGAGAGAAGGAGGAGAAAGCCAAUAGAAACCAAAGAUGACUGUGUGAAACAAAAUGGAUCCAACCAAGCCCAGCCUUUCCUCAAAGGCACCGUAUGUAAGCAACGGUGGAGGAAAUGAGGCUCUGAUGGAGGACGCCUCGGGGCCGUGGAGAGACGCUGUGGACGGGGAGAGACAGAGGGAGGCAGACAGCAGAGAUCCAGAUGUUGUUGUGAUCACAGCAGAGGUUAACCACAGGGGGUCAGCAUACAAACCGAAGUUCAACACAACCGGAUAUCAGCGGCGGACCAAGCAGAAGGUGGUGACGGACUUUGCCACAGUGAGUAAAGGAACUUCUGCAGGAGCCAAACCCCGAGCAACGCUGAGCAAAGUGUUCAACCAGGGAGUGUCGGAGAAGAACCCCGAGGAGAAGGGUCAGCUGGACGGGUUGAAGCAGGCUCUCGGGGCCUUCGCUGUGCCGGUGGAUCUGAAGUGGAGAUGGAAGGAGGAAAGUCAGGGAACCACACUGGAGAAAAACUGGACUGAUAUAGUGCACUCUCACUCAACCAUGUCUAAGAUGCAGAGACACCAGCAGGAGGCGCUGUGGGAGUUUGUCCACACUGAGCUCACCUACAUCAACAAGCUCAUCAUCAUCAAGGAUGUGGUGAUCGCAGCUCUUUUCCACCUGCAGCAGCAUGGAUUCCUCCCUGAGGUGACCCCCACGCUGCUCUUCUCAAACCUCUGCUCCGUCCUCUCCGCUCACCAGCUGUUGUGGCAGGAAGUGAUUUACCCGAUGCUGCAGGAGGUCCGGAGGACAGGGAAGCCCUUCGACCCCCUGGUGUUAGAGGCCGGCUGCCUGCAGUUCCCUGAGCGCUUCUUCUCCUAUCAGCACUACUGUUGGGAGGAGGAGAACAACCUGGAGUUCACACGCAGGCAAAUGGAGAGCAACCCACACUUCCACACCUUCGUCCAGUGGGUGGAGACUCACCCUAAGUGUGAGCGGAUGCGUCUCGGGGACAUGCAGGCCAAACCCCACCAGAGGAUCACCAAGUAUCCUCUGCUGCUCAAAGCCGUGCUGAAGAACACGCAGGACCCUCAUGUGCAGCACACACUCAGAGGCAUGUUAUCCGGUGUGAACACUUUCUUGGAGAGCAUCAAUGACUACCUGAAGCGGAAGGACGAGGAACUCGCUCUCAGCAUCUCCGCUCAGCGGGUGGAGGGGUACGAGGUGGAGGGAAUCAAUGAAGACAUAGACAAGCAUGUCCAAAAGUUCUGCCAGUUUGACCUCACGUGCCCCAUCAGAGGCGUCAGUCCUCAGGCGGUCCGUAAGCUGCUGCUGGAGGACAACCUGAAGAUUCGGGGGAGAAGAGACAACAAGCUGGAGGUGGUGGCUCUACUUUUCUCCGAUGUGCUCCUCAUGACCAAAGUCCAGAAGAAGGGCGAGUGUCUGAAGGUAGUUCGCCCUCCUCUGGCCCUCGACAGAACGCACUGCAUCGCACUGAAAGACGGCUGUUCAUUCGUCCUGGUCGAGGUGGGCGAGCUUCGCAGUGCUAUGAACGUCUACUUGUUUGUAGCCAGCACUUCAGAGAGAUGCUCAUCAUGGGUGUCCAACAUCGAGCAGGCCAAGGAAACCCUGAGGAUCCUGAGGCAGACCGAGAGCAAAAGACAACGGCAAAACUGGAAAAUCCAGCUGCAGGAAUCCACACCUGGCACCGAAGUCAAGGCGGAUGAUUCGGAGACGGAAGAACAAUCUGUUACGAAAUCAAAACGAGAAUCUUUUGUGGAGGAGCUGACUCAGAAACUCAUUAUCCCGCGUGCAGUAAACGGGUUGUUGGCGUCUAAAGAGGCGGACGACGAUGAUGAGGCAUCUUACGAUCCUCUCAGAUCUUUUCUGCACCCUCAGCCCAAAGACAAUAAAAAUAAACUUGUAAAUAAGGGUGUUGCUAGUUGGCAAAAGACAGUCAAAGAACAUGAAUGGAUAGAAAUGGGAGUGAAACGAGAACAGAUCCACACUAAAGACCAGCACAGAAUAAGUGAAUCUACAAUGACAACGGGGCAAAGGACGAUCUGGUACUCUGCACCAAAUCUGGAUCAUUUCAAUCACAUCGCUGCAACGCAACCAUCGAGAUUCAACCCAAAUGGACCACAUGUCAUCUCAUAUCCAGAUGUUGACUACCCAAUGGACAAAGAAAGUACUUCACAACCUCCUAACCAACCAGGGAUAUCCAAGAGGGAGCCUGAGGUUUUAAGACUACCAGGAGAGGGAGACAUAUCAACAAGGAGAGACUCCGAUUCCCAGUCUGUGAACCAGGACUCCAGGAGAAGUUCCUCCAGCCAGUCUGCAGACGUGGAGACGCCUAAACAGUCUUGGGGUUUCUCCAAAGAUUUAAAAUCCCCCGGGUUACGCAGGAGGAGGCCGAUCCCUAUCACUCACACCCCCUCUACUCCGACGCCUGGGCAGAAAAACAGCGAGUUUUUCUCCGAUUCAAGCGCCACCCUGAAGAGAAACUCUCACCCUUCUUCCUCUGAUUCACACCGGGUGCUGAAGCUUGGCUCCCUGAAGCCCAAUGAAGACAUGUUCUGGAGCAUGUCUGAUCGAGUCUCUUCAGACCCCCAAACACUGUCUGAAUCCGAGCUCCCCGAUCACAACGUCCAUAAACGAGUGAAAACCCAAAGGAGUGCGUCCAAUCCCAACAUCAUCAUCGAAGGAGUACACGGACUUCCCAGCAGUCUGUACUCCCAAAUAGAGGAUGUGCCUUUGAGAGAAAAUCCAAACGGUCAUCCAUCGACUCUGGAGGAGCUUUUGGUGAGAGCCAAAGAGCGAGAUGGAUUAAAGAGAACCAGGCAUGUGCAAAAGACUAAUUCCAGAGCAAAGUAUCUUCCUCCUCCUUCCUCGGUUUCUACGAAGCCGUCGCCAUCGCCCGCUCCGAGUGACGGAGACAGAGAGUCAGAGAUGGAGGAGGAGGUGGAGCUGAUGAGACACCGAGCGAGGGCCGUCAGUAAAAGCUGGAAGGAGCAGCUGGUGGACGGAGACGAAGACGACAAGACCAACAGUGUCAUCUUUCCGGACGGAGUGAAUGUGGACUGGUCCGGCUGGUGCUUCGAUGAUGAUGAAGUCAUGGAUCAUUUACACCCUGAAGGCGAGGGCUUUCUGGAGGGAAUCAGACGGUCGCUGGCCUUGGUGGAUAUCCACGGAUGUUUAGUGCAAGAAGACGGGGAGUGUAGUCAGGUGUAGGCUAAGAAUCUAGGCUUUUUCUUUUAAGCACUUAAAAUAUGAAACCAUAUGUUGGGCGAACUACUUGCUGUCUGUUGACACAAAGGUCUUCAGUCUGUCAUGUAACAUAUUCUGUAAUUAAUGUAAAAUAAUGUAAUAUAUUUGAUAUACUUUUAUCACCAGUGUUUUGUGUAAAUAUAAUGAAACAUUAUUUUUUAUAAAUAUAUUAUUUAUAUCAGGGAUAAAGUCCCCUUUUUCGUUGACCUUUCAGAUUGUUUAUAAUAUAACAAAUAAAUCGGCUUUUCUGUU